AUGGAAGACUUGAGAAAGAGAGCAUUCUCCAACACCAAUCUCAAGAGAUUGGACUCCACGCCAGUAUCAGUACACGGCUCGUCCACAUCGGUGAACAGCAUGCAGAAGACAGACUCGGUGCUCAACCUCACCAAACCGUCGUUGUAUGGGAUCUACCGCGAGGACUCAUACUUGAACUUGAGCACGGGAGCCGGGGCAGACGACCUGGCCAUCGAAAUACCCGCAUCCAAGGAUCGCAGACCAUCCGAGACCGCUGCGGCCGUCACGAUCUCCCACCACACCAAAGUGCCCAUUCCCAUCAAAGUGGCGGUAUUGGCAGGGUGUGCUUUCAUCUACAACGAAAUCACCAAGCACCUUCACUACAAUCACCUCGGCUCCAAUGGCUUAUCCAACGUGCCUGUCUCCGUGACCAACGCCAUCAUCUUCAGCAUAUUCGAAAAGCUCAAGGUUGGCUCGUACAUUACCUUGGACCACCUCUGGGCCAAGCGUGCCGACGCCAUUUUUGCCUUGACGGUACAGGGCAUGUGUAUGGCUUUAGUGCACCCUAUCUUGGACGCCGUGCUUCCUUCCAAAUUGUCGGUGCGCUUGUUGUCCUCCAAUCCAAACCCCAACCAGCAACGCAGCUACUCUAACCUUUUCAACGAUUUAUUGAGAGCCUCUAUCACCUUCUUGGGUAUCAGCUAUGCUACCAGAAAAAUCGAAUGGGCCUCCUUCCUCCAAGUUUCCAUCAUCUGGUCCCUUUUGAACCCGGGAUUAUGGUUGUUACUUGAUGGUACCAUUUCUGGACUUCUUGCAAGUUUGGCGGCCUCCACAGUGGCCUGUGCCUCAGUGUACUUUGAAAACUACUCAUUUAUAAAGCAUUACGCAUCGACACAGUACGACGAUUCGAUUGCCCUUUGUCUCUGGAUUGGCAGCUUCUUCUUCUGCGGGAUCAUCAUCUUCGGAAAGAUCGGAAGAGGGUUGUUUGGUUGCAAAUAG